GAGGCGCGGCCUGGGCGUGCCUCGCCAAUGGCCUGCCGGGACCUGUAGUUCCAUUGGCCAAGGGCGGAAGUCCUGCGUCUCAGAUGCUGCAGGGGUCGGGUGGUCUGUGGUCCUCUGCUGUGAAUGCUGGGAAGGGGAAACGGACGGAGGUGUACGUCCCAGGUCUCCACUGACGUGACUCCAGAUCACCUGGGAGCAGGAGCACACCAAGCAUUCAGGACUGUGCGACCCCCCUCUAUUGUCCCCCUCCAAGUCCCAUGAGCCGUGUGUUACGGAGAGAUAUUUGAGCCAUUGAUAUGGUAGGAUCUUGGAACAGGAACAAACGAAGAUUGGACUGGACCUAUUUUAUAAGGCCACCACACUCCAGAGUCCUUAAUCCCACCUGUUUGCGUUGUCUGUUUGAUAAGGAGUACCUGUGAAGAAAACAAAAAAUCCUUGAGGCUUAUAUCCUGCCUUUUCCUGAAAGUAUUUAUUGUCAAUCAGGAUGUCUGCACAGUCAGGGGAAGAAGAUUCAAUACUUAUCAUCCCAAACCCUGAUGAAGAGGAAAAGGUUCUGAGAGUGAAGUUGGAGGAGGAUCCUGAUGGUGAAGAGGGGUCGAGCAUCACCUGGAACCAUCUCCCUGACCCAGAAGUUUUUCGACAGCGAUUCCGGCAGUUUGGAUACCAGGAUUCUCCAGGGCCCCGGGAAGCUGUGAGCCAGCUCCGAGAACUUUGCCGCCUGUGGCUCCGGCCAGAGACGCACACAAAGGAACAGAUCCUGGAGCUGGUGGUGCUGGAGCAGUUUGUUGCUAUCCUCCCCAAGGAGCUGCAGACUUGGGUUCGAGAACAUCACCCGGAGAAUGGCGAGGAAGCUGUGACUGUGUUAGAGGACUUGGAGAGUGAGCUGGAUGAUCCUGGACAGCCGGUUUCUCUCCACCGGCGAAAACGGGAAGUACUAGUAGAGGACAUUGUGUCUCAAGAAGAAGUUCAGGGGUUACCAAGUUCUGAGCUUGAUGCUGUGGAGAACCAGCUCAAGUGGGCAUCCUGGGAGCUGCAUUCCCUAAGGCACUGUGAUGAUGACGCUAGGACUGGAAAUGGAGCACUGGCUCCAAAGCAGGAGGUUGCUUCAGCAGUAGAGUCUCAUGAAGUCCCUGGCACUCUUAAUAUAGGUGUUCCUCAAAUUUUUAAAUAUGGAGAAACAUGCUUCCCCAAGGCAAGGUUUGAAAGAAAGAGAAAUCCCUCUCGAAAGAAACAGCAUAUAUGUGAUGAGUGUGGAAAGCACUUCAGUCAGGGCUCAGCCCUUAUUCUUCAUCAAAGAAUCCACAGUGGAGAGAAACCUUAUGGUUGUGUUGAGUGUGGGAAAGCAUUCAGCAGAAGUUCCAUCCUUGUGCAACACCAGAGAGUCCAUACUGGAGAAAAACCUUACAAAUGUCUUGAAUGUGGGAAAGCCUUUAGCCAGAAUUCUGGGCUUAUUAACCAUCAGAGAAUCCAUACUGGAGAGAAACCUUAUGAAUGUGUUCAAUGUGGAAAGUCCUAUAGUCAAAGCUCAAAUCUCUUUAGACAUCAGAGAAGACACAAUGCAGAAAAACUUCUGAAUGUUGUGAAGGUUUAAGAAAUUACAAACAAUAAAAAUCAGCACUCAGGUUUUUUUCUUCAGAGAUGAAGACAAUUAAAAACAUGAAGUGAUAAGUUUUUUCCCUAUUUACUGUCAGAAAAUCCACUGGGAAUUGUUAAAAAAAAAUCACUCAACAUUAUUAUUUUAUCUUGAAUUGCUGUUACACCUGCAGAGAAGCUGAAAUUUUAAUCUUAAUUCAGGUGUUAAUGCCUAAAUUGUUCGUGUGAUGCUUAUAUUCUUUUUUUCCCCCAAGUGACGAACUACCUGAUUCUUUGUCCCUUUCUUAAGUUUUUGUUUCUAGACAGAUAACUUUAUUUCUCUGUUGAUCAUUGACAUGUUGUUUGUAAGGAUACAUUCCUUUCUACUUUAAAAGGCAUCAUAGGAACCAUAAAGUCUAAAAAUCUAUCUUCAAUCAUUUCGAAACCAUCCUUUGAAAAUUCUACUUUUUUUGCUUUUAUGCAAUUUGGAUAUAUAUUUGAAAAAAUAGGAGAUAAAGGAUGGCUAAAAUCCUCGAAAGAAAAUAAGCCUUAAGAUCUCAGAUAAGUGAUGGUGAUAAAACUUCAGAAAGUAAAAGAGAUGUGUAGAUGGGGAAAGAUAUACAAAUAUUUUGCUUUAAGUGUUGAAACAAAUCUGUUCUAAGUGUAGUCAACCUGCAGGGAAAGUCAAAAACUGCUCAUUCUAGCUAAUCCAGGGGCACCUUCCUAGUCAUUAGUGUUUUUGUACUAGUGAAAUGAAGACAGCAUAAACAAUAGACCACUGUGAAAGCAAAGGUCAAAGCAACAGCUUGUAGAGAGUGGCAGUGUUGAGGCAAAUGUAUAAUUAAGGUAAUGGUCUUGGCUUUUAGAAAAAGACAUGUCUUAACUCUUUCUUUUGCCUUCAUUCUUGUUAAGGAUAAUAUUUCCUGACAGGUGGGCAACAAGUAAUUAGGUUUGCUAUUUUUAUUCCUUUGGUACAAAAGGGGUGAACACCAGGCUAAAACAGGCUUGCAUUUGUUAUUCACAUCUUCUACCAACAAGGCACUGUGCUAGGUACUGUAAUCCUACUGUGAGUAGGUGAUUUCUUCCACUGUCAGGGGAGGGAGGGAGUGGUACAAAGCUGUUUCAUGUAGUUAGCCUCUUUCCCCAUCAGCAUUCCUAGGUCACCUCUGAGGCUCCCAGAGCUGUAGUUUACUUACCAGUGUGUUGUUUGUGGCAGGAGGACUCAGCUGAAAGAGCUAGCCAGCUCUGCAGUAUUCUUCAGAGGUGAGUUCAAGAUAACACUUUCACAGUUAGAAGAUUUAUGAAUCUUCAAAAAAAAAAUAAUUUCUAGUAGCAUUGAGGUUGUACCUACAUGUAAGUCAAGUGGACUAUUCUACUUUAAAAAUAAACAACUAGGCUGUUAACAACUAGACUUUUAACUAUCAGAGUUGAUUGAACUUUUUUUAAUUUUCAGUCUUAACACAUUUUUUAAAAUGUAUUAAAGUAAUACAUUGUAGUAGUAGGAUUAUAAACUCCUUAGCUGAGAAUCCCAAGUACUGUGGUUCUAUUGUUCUGGAAGUUAAAGCAUUGACUGAAAAAAAAAAAAGUUUUAUUCAUGAUGUACAUCACUAUAUGGAAAUGAUCCAUGUUCAUAUGUUUCAUCAUUCUAGAAGUUUGAAUUCUAUCUGGUGCUUGGAUGAAAUUUUAAAAUGGAAGUUGAGAUUUACAUGAGCCUGUUAAGAAAACUAAUAAGUGCAAGGCCAGCGGGUGAAGCAAGGCAGAAUGAAGCUUGUUUAUAGAUUUUCUGAUAACAAUUAUAAGAAAUGUGUUUUAUAGAUUAAGAUUUAUUGAAGUAUAAAUAAGUAGUACUGAUAAUGUAUUUUAAGUUAUACAAGAAAAUGUAGGAACUUUUGUUUGGGUCUUUUUCUUCUGUGGCUGAGAGGAAACGAUGUCCAAUAAAGCUAUAAAGUCCUCUAUACUAAGAAAAAUGAUCUGCAUGUGCUUGGCUUAUUUAUUUAUGGCUGGCUUCUUUCCAAGUAGGUUUUGAGGUGGCACAUUUGGAAGACUGCUGAAAUGACAGAAUUCUUGUUAUCAGAGUAGGUAAGAGGGGAGUCAACUCUCAAAAGCUGGAAUUUCACACUUUUUUUAUUUUACAUCUUUCCUUCGAUUUUACCUGUGUAUCUGUUGGGGAAGGAAGCCAAGGCCAGGCUCUGUGGGGAAGGACUGGGCAAACAGUCCAGAUGGUGGUGCACAGAAAAAGCAAGCACUGGGUUGUAUACUCACCAUCUCUAGUUUUGCUUAAGUUCCCACUAGACAAAUUGGUUCACAGUAACUGUUUAGUGCUUUAUUCUCCACAUUCAUACCCAGUUGACAUUUGAUCAUUUAGCAGUGUGUCUUAGGUAUGUCUAAGCUGCUGGGAUGGUUACAUGUUGUGAAAUGAUUGACCUGGUUCUGUGAACUCCAAGGCCACAUAGGUUUUCACUAAGGAAUAGGUGAUGGCUUCACAAUCUUGGUGGAUAAAUAGUGUGUUAUUGAAUAUGCUCAUUUGAAUGUUUCACAGUACAGACAUGAUUCCUUUGGUAGCCUUCCUGGAGAUGGAGAAAGUUCAUACAUUGUCCUUUUAGAGUUGGAUGAAGACAUGUGAGCACAGUAUUAACAGGUAGCUGACUAUUGGGGUUGUGUACAUGCACUAGUUGAAGUGCUUUGCCAUGGAUUAAGUCAUCUAAAGUAAAUACAUAUGUCCAUUGUACACAUAUUAUACUGAGAUGUGGUCUCUCCCAAAACUGAUGUUGACAUAUUAUAGCUUCAGAGUAUUCCAUACUAUGAAUGUACUCUUAAUUCAUUUAACCAACCUCAUAUUGAUAGAUUAUUAGAUUCUUCAUAAAUACAGGUAUGGUUAAAAUCCCCAUGCAUAAAAUUUUGUUACUUGUGUGGUUAUUGCUAUAAUACAAAUAGCUGGAAAUGGAUAUAUUGGGUUAGAAAAUACACUAUUGACAUUUUUGGCAAUUACCAUUAAAAAAAAAUACCAAUUCAUGACUCCAAUCAAUAGUAAGAAUGCCUGUUUGCUUAUAUUCCAUCAGUACUGCAUCCUUUUUUGCCCACCUGAUAGCCCAGAUCUUUUUGUUGUACCUUUGAAUAUUAGUGAGAGCAACCAUUUUUUCUUAUUGUCCAUUUUUAUGUCCUGAUGUGACUGACUUUUGCCCAUUUCUCCUUUUCUUAGACUAUAUAAUGACUGCCUUCCCAUUCUACAAAAUUUAAAUGACAAAUGUAAGAGUCAUGAGCACUUUUGUCCAGUUUCUAAUCACAUUCUACUUUCCACUUGAGUGCACAUCCUUCUGGUGCCCUUUUACAUUUCCAUUUAAAAGUGGUUUCCAUACUAUAGUCAUUAAAAUUCUUUAGUGGUGGAAUGGGAUUAAAUAUUAAGAAAAUACUGUUAUAUAUGCCCCCCUUUUUUGCUAUUACAUUGCGAAAGUACAUCUUGUUUAGAUGUCUUUGUGCAUGUGUGAAUAUGUACGUUGGGAUUUUAUAAGAUAGAUUGGUCUGUUGAAAGGUUACUGUCUUCUCAUGAUUUCUAGUAUACAUUGUCAACAACUGUAUAGAAAGUCUUCAUUUCCUACAUAGCCUUCCCUAUACUUGAUAGUCAAUUUGUUGGGCAAAAGAAGGGGGAUGAAAAGCAAACAACUUUCCUUAUUUUGCAUUUCCUUCAUAGUGAAGUUGGAGCUAUUUUUGUGUUUGUUGGUUGUUCAUAAUUUUAUCAUGGAUUUCUUGUUUGUGUCUUUACUUGCCUUUCUACUGGGUUACCUGUAGAUAUCUGUUGUUUUUGUUUAUUCAGCAUCUUCACCAAUCUUUUAGUAACAGAACCCUUAUUUAUUAUGAUGAACCCAUUCCAUGUGGCUUAGGUGAGCACAUGACUAGGCCUGGUGUCCUGAGUCCCAUGGCUCCUGAGCCUCAGCAGUUGAAGAAUGGGUAUUUAAACAAGGCUAAAGAAAGCCCUCAGCAUGUCUGCUGGAACUUCUCGAAAAAAGGCUUUAUGGAGAUCCCAGAAACCAAGGACAAUGUCAGCCUGCACUUGCACCAUAUGGAGAAAAUACUUGAGGAGAGCCUCAGGCUAGCAGAAAUGGAGAAACAAACAGUUCUGAUCGUAUUUUUCUGGAGGCCCUAGAUCCAGCUGUGCCUAAAGCCUUCCCUACCUCUGGACUUGAAAGUUUUGUGAGCCAAUAAAUUCCCUUUUCUUGUUUAAGAUCAUUGGAUUUGGUUUCUGUCCUGAUUAAUAUAGGCUAUUUGUAUUUUUUUAAUGAUUUGUAGAAAACCUUUGUAAUGUUAAAUUCUAGACUUCUACUUCAUGCGUUAUCUAAGUUAAUAAAAUGAGCUUGGCCUUCCUUGGUCUGACCUCUGUCA